AACACCGACGUCGCUACCGCCUCAAACACCUACGCGAACUAAUGCUGGGCAGUCGGAAUCGACCAUUCCGACAACGAAUCCUCCCAACCCAACUCCUGGUUUGCGUGCGAUGGCAGCACCAUUUUCACCCACCAUGCUGGGUACCAUGUCACCCGAUCGAAAUGUUGAAGCUGCGAAUCGUGCAUAUUGGACACAGUGGGCGAUAGAUGCUGCAGAACAAGAACGAGCGAGGAGGUUGCGCCAACUGGCCGAGAUCCAAUUGGAAGAGGACAUGGAGCGCACGCGGCGACAAGCAUGGGCACGAGCGGCCAUUGAAAUGGAGCAGCACUCUCGCACAACUCGGAUGUUUCUCGAAGCAAUGCAGAACACUGCGUGGUUCCAAGCGACCAUCUCGCCGUCAAUCCUCAAUUAUGAGGUUGUGUGCCCCCAUAGUUGGUUUGGCUGUACCUUCAGCUGCAUGCUACGACACAUUGAAGAUCACUUGCUCGAUUGCCCCUAUCGCCAAGUCCCGGACACUCCUGCUGUCGAGGACAUGGACCUCAGCACCUACGACGUCGUGUGUCCAAACGCAGUGCUCGGGUGCAGCACAAUAUGUUCUCGUGAAACUAUCGGCGCGCAUUUGUCCGUGUGCGGCAUUCGAUCGGCCGAAACCGAGCUGGAAGAGAGAAUGCAGUCGCAGCUCAACGUCAUUGCCGCCAGUGAAACCGAGCGCAUCCGGCGAAUAAACGAAGCGAAGAUGCUGGAGAGCAUGUCGUCCGAAGUGCACAAGUUGCACGAUGCCCAGACCAAGGAACUUCAAGCUCGUCUGCACGCCGAGGUAUCUGCGUUCGGCGCCGCCCAUCACACGAGCGCGCAACUCCGCCGCCCCAUGAUUCUUCGCGUUCUGCAAGUCGUCUCCACGAUCGUCCAAGCUGAGUGGCCUCAAGCGUCCGUGGAGCCGUACGGGUCCUUUGCGACCCACUUGAACUUGCCAUCGAGCGACGUCGACUUGGUUGUUGGACCGUUUCGCGUCUCCGUCGGCGAUGCCGCUGGCCCGUUUGGCGACGUCCAGCAACUGGGGGAUCUUUUGGUAUCGUGGACUGCUACCAACCCUUCGUUGGAUGUUGCUUUCUCGUCCAUCCAAAUCUUACCCCAUGCAGCCAUUCCAUUGCUGAAAGUGGUUGCAACAGUCGGCGACGGGCUGACUGUCGCCCUGGACGUGACAUUUUGGGGCGUGUCGCACCAAGGGCUGGCCAGUGCCGCUCUGGGGCUCGAGUUGUGUCGAGUGAUACCAGGGCUGAAGGAAGUGACCCUCGUUCUCAAGUACUAUUUGGCCAAACGCGGCAUGAAUGAUGUGUACCGAGGCGGGUUGUCUUCGUACGGACUGCUUCUCAUGGUCGCCCACGUCUGUCUCCGGCAGCCCCUGUCUGGCAACAGCAGUGCCUCACCGCCUCACAAGGCGGCUGUCCAACUUGACAAUGUCGCGAUGACCUUGGCGGAAAGCCAGCGAGCCAAAGGUGUUCAAGUUGCCAGUGACUUGACAGCGCAUGUAAAAGCCGAAGCUACCGCCCCAUGUCUCGGCAAGCUCAUGAUGGGCGUGCUGCAUUACUUCGCCAACGACUUCCAGCCCGAGGUGGACGCGGUGACAGUGGGAGCCUUGCCGUCCUCCGUCAGCGGCGAAUUGCGACCGCCAGGCACGACAUUGUGUGUUUUCGACCCGCUCGAUCCCACCAACAACGUGGGUCGCCACUGCUACCGAAUUUCGCACAUCCUGCGCAGUUUCCAAGACGUGUCGAAUUCGCUGACAUCUCUCAUCGUUCGACUCCGACGUGGGAAUGACGUUGGGGGUGGCUCGUUGCUCGAUCGAAUGUUUGACUUGUGACCGUCCUCUCGCACGUCCAUCGCAUCGGGUGCAUCGACCCCAACGUCAGCGAGUCGUUGAUAUUUCUUCGGAGCCACGGACAAUUCCGCCGCCGCCACGUAGCGACGCCCUUCGACUUCGAGUAGGGACCUGAAAAACCGUCGGCAGACCGACAGUAACAUGGACGUCCCGCGUUUGCUCCUGUUGUUUCACGCGUACGUGCCACACGCACGAGAGCUGUUCGAUGUCGAGAUGAAGGCGUUCGGCCGCUUGCCACGACGAUCGGUCGACUCGAACGACGCCAAUCGAAAACGCACCGCUGGACGCCACGGUUGGCAACUCCAUUGAACGCACGAUUCAAGGUCGCGGUGGUGCAGAUCCAGUGUGCAUGAUGGUGGCAAGCCCAUUUU